AUGACCCAACCCAAAUUAUUGAGUUAUUGGAAUGUGGACCUAUCAUUGGUAUCAGAGCAUGAUCCCGUGCCUAUGUGGCAGCACACGCUUGGCAAGCUGACCCAUGGUAGGCUACCUUGGGCCUGGGCUGCUACCCCGAGAAGGGGCAUGGAGGCCCAAGGAAAGGGGAUUCGCGUAGUCACCCAAGAGUAUCACACCCAAAACCAAUACUUGGGAACAACUCAACCCAACACUUGUCGAGCACAACCGCCAACUAAUAAAAUAUCCCGUGGGAUCCGCAGGCCAAAUUUCCCUCUACAACUCUUAGAGAAAAGAGAACAACAACAACAACAUCAACAACAAGAAGCUUCAUGCUCCGCCUAUCCUUCUUUGAACAUAACCGGUAACGACGACGACGACGACACAAACAACAUCACUGAACCCAGCUUCUCAAAUCGCUCUGCUACUCAAGUUUCUGAGGCGCCGAAGAAACCUCCUCCGAAGAGGACCUCAACGAAGGACAGGCACACCAAAGUUGAUGGACGUGGGCGCCGGAUCCGCAUGCCUGCCGCCUGUGCAGCUAGGGUUUUUCAGUUGACCCGAGAACUUGGCCACAAAUCGGACGGUGAAACCAUUGAGUGGUUGCUUCAACAGGCAGAGCCAGCUGUGAUUGCCGCCACUGGAACAGGUACUAUACCUGCAAAUUUUACGUCCCUUAAUAUAUCUUUAAGGAGUUCAGGUUCUAGUAUGUCUGCAAGUCAUUUGAGGAACAGUUAUUUCAAUCCGAAUUUCGGUUCACAACAAUUAAGGAAUAUUCGAAAUGAAUGGGAAAGAAAUAUAAUUGAUGAUUCAUCUCAACAGAGAAGGGUUUUGUUUCCCGGUGUUCCUUUAUCAUCGGAUGAUUCUUUGAGCUUUCCUUUAAGUUCUAGUAAUGUGAAUGCUAUGUUACAAACUAAUAAUCAUAAGCAAGAGUUACGUGAUCAUAACACAAGUUUAGAUAUGGUGUCUAAUAAUGCGGAGACGAGUAUGGGAAGGAAGAGAAGGCCGGUGGCGGAGCAAGAAUUGGCGCAAAAUCAGUUGGGGAAUUACUUGAUUCAAUCAAGUACAGGGUCUAUUCCGGCAAGUCAAAGCACGACUCCGGCGACAUUUUGGAUGGUGGCAAAUCCAAGUAACCAAGUUGUGAGUGGUGGUGGUGACCCCAUGUGGACAUUUCCUUCUUCGGUUGGUAACAGUAAUAUGUAUCGGGGCUCUAUGUCUAGUGGGGUUCAUUUUGUGAAUUUUCCAACACCUAUGGCGCUUUUGCCUGGACAGCAAUUGGGUUCAGGAAUUGGUGGCAGUGGUGGCAUGAUGAGUGAUAGCCAUUUAGGCAUGCUUGCUGCGCUUAAUGCAUAUAGAACCCUUCCCGGUUCUGUUGCUUCGGAGUCUCCGGCCAGUGCCUCUCAUCAACACCAUGGCGGUGAAGAUGGCCAAGAUUCAACUAGUCAUCAUUCCUGAGUGUAUGGUUUGAUCAUCGUCUUGUUAAUUUUCUUUUACUUAUAUAUGUGCAUAUUGCUACACAUGAGGCACUGCUUUGAUAUUGAGUUGAAUAUUCAGAUUUUUGGUG